AUGCUAUCUACCACGCUUCUCUUCGCUCUUGACAACACCAUUGUCGCCAACAUCCAACCAGCCAUCAUCAAUGACUUUGGGCAUCUCGAGUUACUUGCAUGGAUUGGAACCGGCUUCGCACUCGGCACCAUGUUCAUUCUCCUUUGGGGAAAGGUCUACGGUAUUUUCAACAUCAAGUGGGUUUACGUCUUCAACAUCUUCUUGUUCGAGGCUGGCAGUGCUCUUUGCGGUGCCGCUCCGAACAUCGAGGCACUCAUCAUUGGCCGUGUGAUUGCUGGCGUCGGUGGCUCAGGGAUGUACUCAGGCACUCUGACUUAUGUUUCUGUUCUCUGUAACAGUCAGGAGAAGCCAGCAUAUCUUACCGGUAGCACCGUGGUUUGGGGUAUCGGCAGCGUCCUCGGUCCAGUGGUCGGCGGCGCCUUUACGAUGAUCAGUGCCACCUGGAGAUGGGGGUUUCAUAUCAAUCUUCCCAUCGGCGCCAUCUUUGCGCCUGUCUACCUCCCACUCUUCCCCAGCAUCGAUACUCAUCCAUGCAAGACGCUCGCGGACAAACUUCGUCUGAUCGACUGGAUCAACGCUCUUAUCUUCCUUUCUGGCUCCACCUGCCUGACAAUCACGCUGACCUUUGGUGGAGUCAUCUACUCGUUCGUUUCUGGCACUGUAGUCGCGCUAUGGACUAUUACAGGUGUUCUUUUGAUCACCUUCAUCGUCAAACCCGGAUUUUAG